AUGUGGGAUUCCGAGGAUGCCAUCCGAGUUGGAGUGUCGAAGCUGGCCCGCGACUACAAGAUGGACCAUCCGCGCAGGGGGAAAGCCCUCGUGUUCAACAACAAACUUUUCCAUUCGUCCCUGGAUCUUGGGAUUCGGAAUGGCACGGACGAAGACAGGGAUUCCCUCCGUCACACGCUGGCUCUUCUCGGUUUCGAGGUCCAGGUUUUCAACGAUAAAUCCUACAAGGAGACCAUUAAAGUAAUAAAAAAUGUCGCAAAGGAGAAUCACGAGCAGUACGACUGCCUUGCCGUGUGCUUCCUGAGCCACGGGGAACACGGCUGGAUCUAUGCAUACGAUGAAGCGUUUCAGCCUGACCGUCUGUGGCUCCCGUUCGCUGCCGAUCUCUGUCCCACCUUGGCUGGGAAGCCCAAGUUGUUUUUCAUUCAGGCAUGUCGAGGAAAACUUGUGGACAAGGGAGUGACGCUGACGUUCGACGAGUCCACGACGGAUUCCAAGAAGGAUACAGAUUUUUACCGGAUCCCCGUCUGUGCCGACUUUCUGGUCACAUACUCCACCGUUCCAGGCAUGAUGUUCACCUCCUUCACGCUUCGUGACAGUCGAAACAUA